AUGGCUGCACCAGACGACGUCGAUAUGAACGCUCCGGCUCCUGCGGGUCCGACACUCGCCGCCGACGACCCCCAUACCUGGGCGAAGGUGGGAAACCUCGUUCUACGCCAUUUCGCACGGGAGCCCAAUCCCCUGGCACCACCCGAGGGUAUGUGGCGCAACAAGAGCAACGCUGCGCCCCCACGUAUACUCGUCGAGGCGCGCAUUAACCAUCCCUUCGUGAACCUCGACGCGCAUAUCCCGCGUGCCGUGCGUGUCCCGAAGACAGCUUCCGUCGUCGACCAGACCAUUGCUAGGGUUUGCGGGCGUUUCGCUCGCAGGCCGUCUGAUUAUUACGUCGCCCAGAGUCAGACGUGGGUCUGUCCCAAGCACGACUGCGUGUACACCAUCCUGCUGGAGGACUUGACGCCUGCCCAGCACGAGGUCGUCGAUGUUGCUACGGUCGGUAUCCGAGAGCCAUUUGUGGCGGUGGUGGAGGGUCGGCACGUCGUCCUUCCAGCUUUCGUGCGCGAGGUCAUCGACAUAGUCGCGCUGUCGCACUACGAGAACACGCAUCUCCAAGGCCGUGGCUUUCGGCACAUUUUACACGGACAAGACGUCGACGGGCGGAUACAAUACCACUGGGAGCCUGUGCGCAUCCAACACCAUCUUACCAGUACGGCGGCAGGCGGUUGGGAAAUCCGCUAUCACGAGGAACACCGGCGCCUGGAGACUCAACGCGCCCUGGCGGCAGAAGCCCGCGCGUGGGCCAGUGAGCUCAUACGGUAUCUCGACGACGUCGACCGGGAUGAGGCGCGCAAGGCGCGCAAUAGCUACCACCGCUUCGUCGUGGACCGCUGCGACGACCUUGUCAACCUGGAUCGCAGCGACGGUCUCUUCGAUGCCCACGCGAGCCUCUUUGACGGCGGCCGUGCGAGCGUCCAACUCGCCAGCCGUACGAACGCGGCUAUGAAAGAAGCUCACUCCGUGGUCUACGACGGUCACAGGACGAUUACGUCGGAGCAUGCGGCUCGUCAGCGCGUGCGCGCACGCGCUCAGGCGGAGAUGGAGUACUGGAUUAACGGCGAGGGUGCACAUAGGCUGGUCAAGAGGCCCAACGUCCGCAAUCUCUAUACGUAG